CCAGCAAAGCAAUAUAUUCCCAAGACAUUGGGAAUUUGGGAGAGAGUGGCAGAGUAACAGAGUUCAGAUUUCAGAUUCGCCAUUAACACGUGAAGUGAAGGGAGCAACGAAGAAGUUAGGAACUUUUGGCUAUCACUUCUUCUUCUUCUUCUUCUUCUUCUUCUGUUCUCCUUCAUAUUUUCAAGGAUGGAAAGCAUUGGCGUUGUGAUGAUGAACUCCUUUUCGUCAUACUUAGAAGAAGAGCUCGACAAGCGAUUCAAGCUCUUCAGAUGCUGGAAAUACCCCAACCAGAAAGAUUUUCUGAAGGAGAAUUCGAAUUCUAUUAGAGCUCUAGUUGGUAACGCUACGAUUGCUGCUGAUGCGGAGACCAUCGAUAUCUUGCCGAAAUUGGAGAUCGUCUCGAAUUACAGCGUUGGUUUGGAUAAAGUUGAUUUGGCCAAGUGCAAGGAGAAGGGUAUUAGGGUUACCAACACUCCUGAUGUGCUCACCGAUGAUGUCGCUGAUAUAGCGAUUGGAUUGAUUAUAACGACGUUGAGGAAGAUUUGUGAGUCUGAUCGUUAUGUGAGGACUGGGUUAUGGGUCAAAGGGGAUUACAAAUUAACUACGAAGUUCAGUGGCAAAUCAGUUGGUAUUUUGGGGCUGGGCAGGAUUGGUGCUGCAAUUGCAAAAAGAGCUGAGGGAUUUGGCUGUCCGAUCAGUUACUACACCAGAUCAGAGAAGCCAGAUACCAAUUACAAGUACUAUCCUAGUGUUUUGGAACUAGCAAAGAACUGUCAAAUACUUGUAAUUGCAUGCCCUUUGACAAAAGAAACAUACCACAUUGUCAACCGUGAAGUGAUUGAAGCUGUAGGUCCAAAGGGUAUUAUUGUGAACAUCGGGCGUGGCCCUCAUAUCGAUGAACCAGAGCUUGUGUCUGCACUGGUCGAAGGUCGGCUGGGUGGGGCAGGGCUUGAUGUAUAUGAAAAUGAGCCUUACGUACCAGAGCAAUUGUUUGGACUCGACAAUGUUGUACUCUUGCCUCACGUCGGAAGUGGAACAUUGGAAACCCGCAAGGAUAUGGCAGAUCUUGUGAUUGGGAACUUGGAAGCUUACUUUCUGGACAAGCCACUGUUAACUCCAGUGGAUUGAAUGUGAUCACUGAUCAGGAAGUAUGUAUACGAUCGAUUAGAAUUCAGACUUGCUGCUGCUCUUUUCUUUGCAAAACUCUCAAUUCUGUAGAUUUUUCUUUAAACAUUGGCACAAAGCUAUCGCAUCAUCAUAAAGUUGAGAACUCAACUGAUAAACACUGUAUCAUCUUUCUUGGCUUCUUUUGAAUUUUCUGCUGGUAUGGAGGAGAUACAGAUGAGCUUUUGAUGUA